UGCUCCCGUGGCGUGUGCACGUUCAGGUUCUAAACCCAGAGACUAGUCAGCAACUGACUCGUUCAAUAGUAUUUCCAUCUGUCAGUGACUCCCUGACAACUGUAGCUAAAUAUGUCAAAGUUGGAGCAGGUCCUUGUUCUCGAUCCCCCCUCUGAUCUCAGAUUUAAAGGUCCUUUCACUGACGUCGUCACCACCAACCUGAAGCUGAAGAACCCGUCUGACAGAAGAGUAUGUUUCAAAGUGAAGACCACGGCUCCCAGGAGGUACUGCGUACGGCCCAACAGCGGCAUCAUAGAGGCAGGCGCCACCGUCACCAUCUCUGUAAUGCUCCAGCCCUUUGACUACGACCCCAAUGAGAAAAGUAAACACAAAUUCAUGGUCCAGAGCAUCUUUGCUCCGCCUGAUGAGUCUGAACUCGAUGCUAUGUGGAAAGAUGCGAAACCCGACGAUCUCAUGGAUUCCAAGCUGAGAUGUGUAUUCGACCUGCCUUCUGAAAACGACAGAGUGAAUGACGUGGAAGGGAGCAACGACGUUGCGGCGCCCGUGCAGAACUCGUCCAAGGCGGCGGACGGCCCCGUGGCGACGGCAGCGGCGAAGACGGUCAGCGCCUCCAUGGACGACUCGGAGAUGAAGAAACUAUCAGAGGAGUGCCGGAGACUGCAGGCUGAGAUGGGCAAACUGACCGAGGAGAACAGACAACUCAAGGACGACGGCGUGAGAAUGAGAAGGGCUGCCCAGCAUUCCGAUCACAUGACAUCAAAUCAGACAGGCUCCUCCUCCUCCUCCAUGAUGCAACACACCACCGCAGCGUCCCUGCCCUCCCUCCUCGUCGUCAUAGCAGCCAUCUUCCUCGGCUUCUUCGUGGGGAAGUUCAUCUUGUAGACUGGGGGCCUGGCUCUGAAAUGGCACCCCAUUCAUCUUGACCAGGGCCCUCAUACGGAUGAGUCCUAUAAGGGCUCUGGUCAAACAGUAGUGCACUACAUGGGGAAUAGGGUGUCAUUUUGGACGCUGCGUCCCGGGAGACACACAACGCCUGCCGUAUCCCACGACGAUUCCUCAGCUCCGGAAUCAA